AUGGCGGAGAGUGAGAAGAUGUGGAUUGAAGAAAGAGGAGAAGAAGGAGGAAAUGGAGGUGGUUUGAUUUUAGGGAUGGAUGGAGAAGAUCUCAUCUUCUCCGACGAGGCAUUCGCGGCGUUGCCGGACUUCCCAUACUUGUCAUCUCCGACGACGUCGUCUCCUUCGCCUUCAUCAGCUUCGAACGCGAUCAAAACGACGUGCUCAUCUUCAUCUUCGUCUUCGUCUUCGUCUUCGUCUUGGGCUUUAGCGGCGGGAGACGGCGGGGUGGGGUUGGUGCCUGCGGCGGCGGAAGGGUCGUUGGAUCAUGAUCAGCCGUUGGAUAUACUCGGAGAUAUGGACUUUCUAGACUCUUCGCUCUGGGACCCGUCCGUUUUCUUCUCCGACGAUAACGUGAUGGUGGACGAGACGGAGCCGGAGGCGGCGCCGGCGAGAGAGAGGGAGAGGGAGAGGGAGACGUCAAGUGAGGAUCUAGCGAAAGUUUUCUUAGAGUGGUUGAAAAGCAACCGUGACUCGAUCUCGCCGGAAGAUCUCCGGAGCAUCAAGUUGAAGAAGUCUACGAUCGAGGCCGCCGCUCGCCGGCUCGGCGGCGGAACUCAGGGCAUGAUGCAACUCCUCAAGCUCAUCCUCACUUGGGUCCAAAACCACCAUCUUGAGAGGAAGAAGCGUUCUCAACGUGACCAAUCUCCUUGCCCUCCUCUUAACCCUAACCCUAGUUACAACUAUGAGCACGGGGUCACUUGGGUUCUCAACUCACCAUACCAAAUGGAUCAAUCUUCGUUUCCAUGUUACGCUCAUGUGCCUUCACCUGCUUUUCAUUUCCAGAACACAACCGGAAACCAGCAGUUCUCGCCGGCGCCGGAGUUUCUUGAUCCAGCCACUGCAUGGCAUGCUCAUUUUGGUACUAGUCAAGCACAUCAUUAUUCUCCAUUGCCUCCAACUCCAUUCACUGCAGUUCCAAUUGCUGGUGGUUGUUUUCCAGUUCAGUUUCAAAGUAACCAGUUUUUUCAGCCAAGUGAUCGACUAACACGAAUGGCUUCGGCCACUAAAGAAGCUCGGAAGAAACGAAUGGCUCGGCAACGCCGUGUUUCUGCACUACACCACCAUCACCACCACCACCACCACAAUAACCGUAAUCGACAGCUUCAUUCUCAGCCGAGUCGGUCUCUUCUUGAUGGAGAAUCUUCUCAACAAUGCAAUGUGAACUUUUCUUCUACUGAUCAUAAACGUCAGGACUGGAAACCAGAGAAGAACUUGAGGUUUUUACUGCAGAAAGUGCUGAAACAAAGUGAUGUUGGUAGUCUUGGAAGGAUUGUUCUCCCAAAAAAGGAAGCUGAGCUUCAUCUCCCAGAACUGGAUGCUAGAGAUGGCAUCUCCAUUGCCAUGGAAGACAUUGGAUCAUCUAAAGUCUGGAACAUGCGUUACAGGUACUGGCCGAACAACAAAAGCCGAAUGUAUCUACUGGAGAACACAGGAGAUUUUGUGAGAACAAAUGGGCUUCAGGAAGGAGACUUCAUAGUGAUUUACUCUGAUAUCAAAUGUGGGAAAUAUAUGAUAAGAGGUGUGAAGGUGAGGCAGCCAGUUCAAGAGCUCAAAGGUUCAGGCAACAAGAGUUCAGGGAGAAAGAAUAAUGGGUCUAAAUCCUCCAAGUGCUCUCUUUGCUGUGAAGCUGAACAGGCUGCUUCAACUUCAACUGCUGUUGCUGAAGAUGCUGAAUCUGCUUCAUUGUCUCAGAUGGAUAUUAAUGCUUGA